AUGGGAUUCCCCGAGUUCACCACCCCCGCCGGCCUCCAGUCGCUCGAGGCUCACCUCCAGCACGUCUCUUACAUCGAGGGGUCAGUCACGUUUUUCCUUGUUCGCUGGGGCGUUCUUUUUCCUUUGCUGCGAUCGUCGGCCACGCUCCGCACAAGCUUACCACGUUGCACCUCCCGCGCGUCGCCGCUCCUUCCCCCUGCACCUCAUUGUGAUGAAUACUACGCUUUGGUCCGUGUUUCCGAGUGGUGUCAAAGGGGACUUAAGACCUCCCAUAUACUUUGCACCCUUUUACGUUGAAGACAACCAUCAUUUUCCAAGCUUUCUGAAUUCUCUCAAUCGAUCGACCCGUCACACACACACACACACACACACAUUCGCUUCAGCAUCACACAACACGAGCAUGUCGAGCAGUACAACUGACACGAUCAUUUCAUUCGUCGUACUAGAUACCAACCCUCGCAAGCCGACGUCGCCGUCUUCAAGGCCUUGCCCUCGAGCCCCGACGCAGCCACGUACCCCCACUCGGCGCGUUGGUACAAGCACAUCCAAUCCUACGAGGCCGAGCACGUCACCCUCCCCGGUGAUGCGUCCAAGCCCCACACCGCUUACGGCCCUUCGUCCUCCGCUGCCGCCGUAGCACCCGAGCCCGUCGAGGUCACCGAGGCCAAGGCCAAGGCCCCCGACGCUGAGGACGACGAUGAUGAGAUCGACCUUUUUGGUUCGGACGACGACGAGAUCGACGCCGAGGCCGAGGCGUUGAAGCAGAAGCGCUUGGCAGAGUACGCCGCGAAGAAGGCCAACAAGCCCAAGACGAUCGCCAAGUCGGUCGUGACCAUGGACGUCAAGCCUUGGGACGACGAGACCGAUAUGGCCGAGUUGGAAAAGUCCGUUCGUUCGAUCGAGAAGGACGGUCUCGUUUGGGGUCUGUCCAAGUUGGUCCCCAUCGGUUACGGUAUCAAGAAGUUGCAGAUCACGCUCGUCAUCGAGGACGACAAGAUCGGAUUGGACGACCUCCAGGACGAGAUCGCCGAGUUCGAGGACUAUGUCCAGUCGUCCGACAUCGCCGCCAUGCAAAAGCUUUGA